UUCACCUCCCUCUCCCCCCGGUCCUCCGCGCGGAGCUUGAUUGGCUGAUACUCCGAUCUUCUCUGGCUGUCUCACCAUAUCUCCUCCGCGUUCCUUGCUCGGUCACCGCGCCAAUUCCUGCACGCUCUUCGAAUUAGGUCUUGGGAAAUGAAUCAUUUGUCAACUAAGAGUGAUAUGGAAAUGAUUCCAGAAGCCCACAUGGACAUGCUUUCAGUGGAUGAAGGUAGGAGAGGGAAAUCAGUGAGUAAGGAUGGUCAGGUUUUGAAGAAGGGACCUUGGACAUCUGCGGAGGAUGCACUUUUGGUUGAAUAUGUUAAAGAGCAUGGGGAGGGAAAUUGGAAUGCAGUUCAGAAAAACUCAGGGCUGUCUCGAUGUGGUAAAAGCUGUCGUCUGCGAUGGGCUAAUCAUCUCAGGCCAAAUCUAAAGAAAGGUGCCUUUACGCCAGAAGAGGAGCAACUGAUCAUUAAACUUCAUGCUAAGAUGGGCAACAAAUGGGCUCAGAUGGCCACACAAUUACCUGGCCGCACCGAUAAUGAGAUUAAGAACUUUUGGAACACACGAAUAAAGAGACUCCAGCGUGCUGGUUUACCCCUGUAUCCUCCUAAUGUUUGUUGUCAAGCUUCAGAUGGAGAUCAGCAAACUCAAAUUGUCAGCUCUGUAACCCAACACCAGAAUGACAUCUUGCAGGGAAACAACUUCAAUUUUCCUGAUAUUGUAUUUGAGAACUUCGACCCUGAUCAUGGGGAUUUAUCUUAUGCUUCCUCAUUUCCAGAUAUCUCAAUGAGUCGCAUGUGUCAAGGGUUUGAAUCCCAAGACCAUGGGUACACAAAUAUGUUGAAUAAUGUUGAACAGCUUCGAGACUCCGAAACCAUAAAUGUUGGCUACUAUAGCACUUUCUACAGUGGGCUUCCCUCAGUAUCUCAAUUUCCAUUUGAGCCAUCUGGAAAGAUACAGUUAGCAUUUGGCUUAGAUAAUCCAUAUGAUCCUGAUGCCAACAUCAAGAACCUGGCAACUUUUGGAGGUGAAAUUUCUCUCAGCCAUGCCUUAUCAAAUGGCAAUUUCUCUGCUUCUAGGCCCCUUCCCGGAGCUUGGAAGUUGGAGCUCCCUUCACUCCAACAUGCAGAAAUUGAUGACAGUAGCUGGACUGCAUACCAUUCCACAGCACAUCUUGAGGCAGUUGAUACAUAUGUUGAAUCCUCUCCAACAGCUGUCUCAUUGCAAUCUGAAUGCAUUUCACCAAGGAGCAGCGGUUUACUAGAGGUGAUGCUUCAUGAGGCACAGGCACUAAGCAACUCAAAGAGACAUUCAUCUCAGAAGAGCUCGAGUUCUUCUGCUAUCACACAUAAUGAAAUGUUGGAAAGUUCAGGCCUUAACUUCUUUGAUAUCGGGUGGGAAGAUUGCAAUGACCCAAUUUCUCCCUUGGGCUGUUCUGCUGCUUCUAUCUUCAAUGAGUUCAUGCCUCCCAUCAAUGGCAGUUCAAUUCAUGAGUUUCUACCUUCCGAGUCUACAACCGUUUCUGCAGGUUCACUAAAUAUCAUGGCUGUUGCUGAACAAAUUUCAACCCCUAAUGUGGAGGAGAAACACGUCUUAUCUCAAACAGAUUUCCCUGAACCUGAAGCUGUACUGGGAUCAGGUUGGCUCGAGGAAAGUUCUCAAGCUGGAAAAGAUUGUUUUGUUUCGAAUGAUGCAAUAGCAACACUCUUGGAUCAAGACUUUUGCAAAGAUACCAAGAUGGUGCCUGCUGGGGCAUCAUCUAAUCCUCUGCAAGGAUUUGGGCUUGAAUCUUAUCCAUGGAAUAAGAUGCCUGAUGCGUGUCAAAUGCCCGAGCUUCCUUGACCUUGAUCGUGGGACUCCAAAAUUCUGCUUACCAUUGGUUACAGGUAUGAAGUUUUCCUGAGAAAUGGUCAUGGAGGACUUCAUCUUGUUGGCUCAUAUGAUCAUUGUUAAUGCUUCUUUCAGAUUGAUCACGACAGGUCGUGUGUUUUCUUGUGAAAAUUGUUGCUGCAAGUAGGCUUUUCUUAUCGUGUAAUAAACACACGGGCCUGUUCAGCAUGAGUGCUAUCUGUCACGUUUCUCCUGAGAACAGUUAUUAGUACUGUGGAUUGUAGUUUCUUCACGGUUUGGUUUUACUGUCAUGUAGCAUUUGUAAUUGCAUGAAUGAUUCUGUGGAUUCUUUAGAAUCAUUUUGUUGAAGAAGAGAAUUGUGGUUCUCAUGCUUUCUUUGUUA